GUGCUCCAGUUCCAGCCCCGACGAAGCCUCCGACCCGGCGGCUCAGGUCGCCACUUCCGCACCGGUCACGCAAGAUUCCAGCGUCGCCACGGCUGUGCCCGCACCGGCGGGGUCAACGCAGGGCGAGGCGGAUGUGGCCUCAGGGACGGUACUUUGAUGGCCUCCGACUGGGGCACCCAGGCUUUUGAACCCCGGGACGCCUCGGGCCAGAUAAUGACGCAGCACCGAAUGUUGCACGGGUGGCUGAUUGCGGGUAACGAGAAUACCGAAAUGAUCCCGGGUAUUGCCGAAAAGUGGGAACUGUCGGAGGACGGCCUCCAGUGGACUUGGACCAUUCGCAACGGCGUCAAAUUCCACAACGGCGACGACCUGACCAUUGACGAUAUUCAAUUCACCCUGGACCGGCACCACGGCCCCGAGGCGGCUGAGAACGCCAUACACUCGGUUUUCAUCAGCCACUCAAGAUGA